AUGUUCAGAACGAGGCCAAUAAACGAGAGCGAGCUCGACAAGCGGCGAGAAAAGGACCUCAAAGAGUUCAACUUCCCGAAACUGUUCAACAAGGAGGUUGAUUACGCCAAGGUCGACCGGCCAGCGCUCGAGUCGUACAUCGAGCAGAAGAUGAAUGAGCUCGUUCCUGACGACGACAUAAUUGUUGAAUUCACAAACAAUCUUGUAUUUGACGAGAAAAUCAGCCCGAAAGAUCUGUGUUUACAGCUGAAACCGAUGCUGGACGAGAAAACGGUGGACUUUGUCCACGAGCUGUGGAAAAAAAUGAUCGAGAGCGAGCAGGAGAAGAAAGACACCUACAGAGAACGAGAUGAACAAGAUGAGCGCAGAGUACAACGUGUACACGACGACAGGAAUGAGGACCGACAACGGAGAUUCCAUGGUAAAAGCAAGUCCUUCAAACGGUCUAAAUACAAAAGGUCCUAUCAUAAAUAG